AGAAGAAGAAGAAAAAGAAGCAGCAGCAGCAGCAGAAGAAGAAGAAGAAGAAGACUUUCGUUCAUUUGAGUUUAUUUUCUCAGUUUCACACACACACACACACACACACACACAGAAACUGAACCUGCACUGCUUGUUGUUCCUGCCGUAGGAACCUGUACACGGCUCUCAUUAUGGAAAACCAGGCGGUUAUAUCCAGCACAACAGUCGCUAAAGUGAACAUUUGUGAGGUAGAAAGUGUUGCUAAGUCGUGGAUGAUUGACUUCAGCUUCCUGACAUUGUGUCGCUACUACAGAGAGCAAAACGCUGAGAAGUUUAGCAAAACUUUAAAAGUGUUUGAAGCGAUGAUCGAUGAUGAGUACCAGCUUCAGGACAAUCAGCAAACGAAGAGAACCAUCUGCUGCUUGCUCUCCAGAAUUAUGGACGGCAAAAACUUGGAUGCGCAUUAUGACCUGAAUAACAAAGUGACUCCUCUGAUGUCGGCUCUCUCGGUGUGGGACUGUCUAAAGGACACCGCAAACGACGCUGCACUAUACGACAACAUAAAGAACCUGUUAUUUAUUCAGUGUGUUGGUGUGUGUUUGGAGAAAGGAAAUGCUCAGCUCGCAGCACACACACUGCAGUGGCUGGAGAAAGAGAGUGAUUUACCGGAGAAACUGCAGAGGAAACUGUCUACUGUUGUGUCUAAGAAGGAUGUGUACGAUCAGCUCCUAACGAGGUUCUCCUUUAAUCACCUAAUGAAGAGUGUGAACUCAUUCUUGGACGCAUUCCUUGAGAAACAUCCUUCUGACUUUUUAUUUAAGGCUGCCUUAAAAGUGGUUCAGGUUCGUCAGGAGAGACCCGCGCAGGCCGACGUGGAUCAGAACAGUGAGGACCCAGAACCAGACAGUCCUGUAAAGCCUGAGACAAAUGUUGUUUCGUCAGAGCUUAAUCUGAGACCCAAAAAGAAGCUCUUCUCUACUAAAACUGUUCAUCCCUGGAAACCCGAAAGCACAAAGAAACUGCCGUGUCUUCCUCACCGAACAGCCAAAUUGAAAGUAUCCAGAAGGAGUUGUAAAGUGCCAUCACCACCACAGCAAAACACCAUCUCCAGAUACAGAACCAAGAAGAAGUGGCUCAGCGAAGAGGACCAGCACCUGAAGGCAGGAGUGAAGAAGCACGGUGAGGGGAAAUGGUCCAAAAUCCUGGAGGAGUUUGAUUUCAGAGAUCGGACCAGCGUCAUGCUGAAGGACAGGUGGAGGACGUUAAAGAAACACGGAAAGGUUUGAAACCGUGAACACAGAGCCCUAAAUGUAUACGUUUUUCUGUAAUACUGAUGCUUUAAUGAUCCUGUAAUGAUGCUGUGCCAUCUCCAGAUUCUUUCAUUUCAAAAUUUAUUAUUAGAUGAAAUAAAACUCCAAAUAAAAAAGUGAGUUGCAUUUUAAGGUGCCUCAAUGUGGACACUUUUGUCUGCAUCUCUACAGAAUUGUACAUAUUUUUUUUUACUGUUUAAUAUGAGCGGGUGUAAAUAAUGUUUGUACUGUUCUUUUUUUUUUUAUUAUUAUAUAUAAGCAUGCAAAAGUGAAUGUUGAAGCUUACAAUGUACCAGAAAUAAUAUUCCACAAAAAUGCUCCAAAUAAACGGGAGUGGAUGAA